CUCUAUCCCAAUUCAGAAAAAUAAAAUCCCCAACUGUCCAAUGGGUGCCCUACCUUCUCCCCGGGAAACACCGUCGCCGCCACCGUUACCGGAGUUUUCCUUGUCGAAUUUCCGAGUAUGUGCCUCGUUUUGUCACAAGAAUAUGUCCAAUUGGAUAGAAUGUUAUGAUCCGUCAAACAAUUCAUGGAGUCACCUUAGCCAAAUCCCGGGUCUAGCCGAAAAUCAUGUUUUGAAAGAUUUUGUAAUGGUUUCAUUGGGUAAUUCAAUUUAUAUAAUCGGUGGAAGAUUGUGCUACAAGAAAAUAUCACAGUCUCACGAAUCCAGUGAAAUUGAAGUACGGUCAAACGUUAUUCGGUACAAUGCUCUACUAAACGAAUGGUUUGAUUGCGCGUCCAUUAGUGUACCUCGUUACGAUUUUGCCUGCACUGUAUGCGAAAAUAAAAUUUAUGUCGCGGGCGGAAAGUCUAAUUUGGACAGUGCUCGAGGAACUUCGAGUGCUGAAGUAUACGAUCCAAUUAGUGACGUAUGGACCGACCUACCUAGCAUGAGCACAUUAAGGUACAAAUGUGUUGGUGUAACAUUUCAAGGUAAGAUUCAUGUGGUAGGGGGUUUUACAAGUAGGGCGGAUUCGGAUAAAACGGAGCCGUUUAUAAUGGAACGUAGCUCCGCUGAAGUGUACGACACGCGGACAGGGAGGUGGCAAAUUGUGGUGGGGAUGUGGCAAUUAGAUGUGCCACCUAAUCAAAUAUUAGCCGUGGGUGGAAGGUUAUUUAGCUCAGGGGAUUGUCUUAAAGCAUGGAAAGGUCAUAUUGAAGCAUAUGAUGGGAAGCUUAAUAUGUGGGAUGUGGUUGAUGGUUCACAUUUACAAACCCUAAAUUUUCCAAUUUCCACAUCAGAUGCAAAUUCAAGAAAUUGGCCACCAACUCAGCAAUUAUAUUUGACUAUGGCUCCAAUUGGGAGCCACUUAUAUUUCUUGUCGGGUUAUCGGAUGACCGAAGAAAUGCCACGUAUGAUCUCAACGGUACAUAGUUUUGACACAUCAGCAAAGAGUGAUGCUUGGAGAAGUUUUGAGCCUGUGGAAGAAGAUGAUGAGAAAGUUCUUUGUAGCCAUUGCUGUGUUGUUCAAAUUGCAUGA